GAAUGCAGUUGUUAACUGGGAGAAGGGGUGUUGCCAUUUUGUAUGCAUAUAUGUUGCUCGGUCUGGGUUUUCUAAGGACUGUUACUCCUGAUUUUGGUGGUUUGACAAGUCGAGAACAACAGCUUGAGGGGACUUUUAGGUUCAUCCAUGAAAGACUGCGCACUCAUGCUGAAUCUGUUGCUUUCUUUGGAGGCGGUGCUCGGGAAAAAGCAGUAAGAUAUUUAACUAAUUGUUGUAUCUGAUACAUUUGAAUGCCUACCAUUGUUUUCAUCAUUUUUUUACACUGAUGUAGGCAUUUCCUUGUGAAAAAUUAGAUGGA